CAAUUUUAUAAAAAGCCAACCUUGACGAUUUCUCUGUUUAUCUACUAGGGUUUUCUUUUUUUAUCUCGUCGUCGAGUUCUCUUUAAUUUUCCCUGUCGAAUCUCUUUCUCUCAUAGAAAAAGGUAAAUUCCUGGGUUUUUCUACCAAUCUCUUUCUCUUUAAUCAACCAAUUUCAAUUUCAGUAGUGUAGGAAAAACAAACAAUGUCGGAGGGUGUAGUAAUCACUGAGCAGCCUCCAGAAACCACUGGAUGGUGGGUAGAGAAAACUGCACGUAUGGUUGCAGUAAAGGGACCGGAGCUUGAGAAGUUGAUCUUGGACCUUAAUAUGGACAAUAACAUAUUCGAUUUUUUGAAAAGCUCAGACCACCCUUGUCACGCAUUGUACCAGCAAAAGCUUGCUGAAUACCGUUCUCAGCAGAAUAAUCAAGGAGGUGGAUCUCAGGAGCCUGUAUGCGAUGCAAAAUCCUACCUUCUCAAGGAGAUUGAGCUUGGUGUUAUUAAGUUCACUGCUCUGUUUGUGGCUCGUUAUGGGGAUAUUUUUCGUGAGUCUUUGAUGGAGACAGUGGUUAUGAACCCUCGGUUUGACUUUAUGAAGCCAUCUGAUAGCAACUUCACUCUUUAUGAUGCGCUUGUCGUUUCGUAUUCAGGGGUAUUAAAACCUUCCAAUAAUGGUGCUAUGGUAGACUCCCUUGUUGAUUGUUAUUUCAACAGUCUCCAAUUAGAGAAGCUGGAGGAAGGUGUGGAGACUGCUGUCAUUGAUUUGCAUGCUUUUGUGGGUGGUCUUGACUGUUUUGCUCACAUGGACGAUGCUGUGUCACCACCUGAACGCCUUUCAAUGAUGAUGCACUGGCCAAUGCAGCCUCAACUACCUGAUGAUGCUUCAGCUACUCAUGAUUGUCUAGGCGAUGCAGAAACUGCUUUUGCGCCUCCUCCUAUAAGGAUCACACUCAAGGAGCUUGGUAUUAUUAAGCUGACAUCGCAGUUUGUGGCGCGGUAUGGGAUGCGUUUUCGCCGGGCUUUGAUGAUGAGAGUGGCUAUGAAUCCUCUGUUUGAGUUUAUGUUUUUUCGCCCUUCUUCCAAGAAGACAAUACGUAUGAACCCUCCGUUUGAGUUUAUGGAUCCAACCGAGAUCAGGUUCAAUAUAUUCGAUGUGCUUGUUGAUGCGUAUUCCAGAGUACUAGUGCCUUCCAAAAAACUGAAGAAGAGUGAUGCUUGUACGAGGACCGUUCUUGAGAACUUUUCUAACUGUCUUCAAUUGGAGAGGCUGGAGGAUGGAGUGGAGGAGACUACUUUGAUUGAUUUGUUUGCUUUUGUGAGUGGUGUUGACUGUUUUGCUCACAUGGACGUUGCUGAGUAUUCAGCUACCAUGCCACAACCUGAACGCCUUUCAGUGAUGAUGAAGCGGUUAACACAACAAACUCAGCGGCCUUAUAUGCUUUUGCAGCUUCCAUUGGGAUCUCAGCUUACUAAUCACGGUGUUGGUAAACAAUAUGAAUGUAUAGGUGAUACUUCUUUACGUGCUCCUAUUCUAAGAAGCCUAACAUUUAGAGUCCCUGCUAUGGGGAUCACACUUAAGGAGCUUGGUAUUAUUAAGCUGACAGCGCAGUUUGUGGCGCGGUAUAGCUCUGAAUUUUCGUGUGCUUUAGAGAAGGUACCAUCGUUUGAGUUCUUGGAUCCUUCCGAUAGCCGUUUCUAUUUUUACUUGGGGCUGUUUAAUGCGUAUAGAAAAGUGUUAAAGUCUUCUAUCAAGCUGAAGAAGCCUGAUGUUUGUAUGUUGUCGACCGUGCUUGAGGGUUUUCACCAACGCCUUCGAUUAUGCGAGCUGCAGAAGGGAGUAGAGAUAGCUAUGGUUGAUUUACAUGCUUUUGUGAGUGGGGUUGACUGUUUUGCUCACAUGGAAGAUGACGACUAUUCUGCAAUCAUGGAUCCACCUGAACGUACUUCAAUGAUGAUUGACCAGCUAACACAACCUGAUCAGGAGGCUCAAUCCUCAAGGGAGCAGCGUUUAAGACGUGGAUAUGAUUUUCCAUAUGCAUUUGGUGCUAAGAUCACGCUCAAGGAGCUUGGUAUUAUGAAGUUCACAGCUCUGUAUGUGGCGCGUUAUGGGAUGCAUUUUUGUCACGAUUUGAUGAAGGAAGUGGUUAUGAAACCUCAGUUUAAGUUUAUGGAGCCAACUAAUAGCAUGUUCAGUUUAUAUAGUGUGAUUGUUGAUGCAUAUUCCAGAGUAUUAGAGCCUUCCGAUAAUGCCUGUACGAAGACUGUUCUUGAGGAUUUUUACCUCCGUCUACAGUUGGAGAAGCUGGAGGUGGAGGAGGAAGAAGCUAUGAUUGAUUUGCAUGCUUUUGUGAGUGGUGUUGACUAUUUUGCUGUUCUGGAGGAUGCUGACUAUUCUGCUUUAGUGCCACCACCUCAUAGUCAGUUUGCAGACGCUUCAAUGGGGAUGAUGCCACGACCCGAGGAACCAGAGGCAAAGAGACAAAAGCUUGACGACAACACAACAAAAAUAGUGUGAAAUAAUAUAGAACUUUUAAAUUUUUACCUAAUUCAAUGGCUGUAAGUUACAUGUUUGUUCUAGACAAAAUCUUAAAACGUUACAUAUUAAGAAAUCGAGGGUAGAAAGGGAUU